AUGACCGUUGCACGGCCUUGUGUUCUGCCUGGCCAGUUCCCACUGGCCCAUCACACUUCCCCUCCCACUGCACAGGCCAUGGCUCAGGCCAGAGCCGAGCCAAAGCCAGCUGUCACUGGUGACUUUGGCCCAGCCUGGAUUUUUUGCAAGCCAAAGCUGUCUGAAGCCAAGCCACUUGAAGCCGUGCCGGAACAUCACUAA